AUGUUACAGGAAACGGUAUGGGACACCGGCAAGCCCCCCUCGAUAAAAUCGUAUACCCUAGGCAACUUCCGCGGCCUGCCCCAGAUCCAAAAGCUCACAGAGGAGCAGCGCUUUGAGAUGGAGGUGGUCGGAAACGUCCUUCCCUUCAAGGCAAACAACUACGUGGUAGAGCAGCUGAUAGACUGGAACGACGUACCCAAUGACCCGAUAUUUGUCCUGACGUUUCCGCAGAGAAACAUGCUCAAGGAGCGCCACUUUGAAAGGAUGGCCCAGACGCUCAGGGACGGGGCGGACAAGAAGACCGUGGCGGCCGUUGCAAACGAGAUACGCCUGCAGCUAAAUCCCCACCCCGCAGGCCAGCUGGAGCUCAACGUGCCGGUCCUAAAGGACGGCACCCAGCUUUAUGGAAUGCAGCACAAGUACAAGGAGACCUGCCUGUUCUUUCCCAGCCAGAGCCAGACAUGCCACGCAUACUGCAGCUUCUGCUUUAGGUGGCCGCAGUUUGUGGGAAUGGAUGAGAUGAAAUUUGCCAUGAGGGAAUCAGACCAGAUGGUUCAGUACAUCUCAGAGCACCCAGAGAUCUCCGAUGUCCUGUUUACCGGGGGCGACCCCAUGAUAAUGAAGGCCCGCAUCUUUGAGACAUACAUAGACGCGCUGCUUGACGCCAACCUUCCAAACCUCAAGACGAUCAGAAUAGGGACAAAGGCUCUGGCAUACUGGCCCUACAAGUUCAUUACAGACAAUGACGCAAAGGAGACGCUGGGACUCUUUGAGAGGGUCACCGGCAGGGGGCUGCACCUGGCGCUCAUGGCCCACUUUAACCACCACGUCGAGCUGUCCACUCCCGCCGUCAAGGACGCAAUAAGGGUGGUCCGGGCGACUGGAACCGAGAUCAGAACCCAGUCGCCCCUGCUGUCCCACAUCAAUGACGAUGCUGGCGUCUGGGCAAAGAUGUGGAGGGACCAGGUUCAGCUGGGAUGCAUACCCUACUACAUGUUUGUGGUAAGGGACACCGGCGCCCAGCACUACUUUGGCAUAUCGCUGACAAGGGCACACCAGAUCUUCAGGGACGCAUACAAGCAGGUAAGCGGGUUGGGAAGGACGGUCAGAGGCCCCAGCAUGUCUGCCACCCCGGGAAAGGUACAGGUGGAGGGCACGCCGGUGGUCGCAGGCAAGCGCGUGAUAGCCCUGCGGUUCCUGCAGGGACGUAACCCGGACUGGGUACAAAGGCCGUUUUAUGCAGAGUAUGACGAGGGCGCGAUCUGGCUGGACGACCUCAAGCCAGCGUUUGAGGACAAGUUCUUCUUUGAGGACGAGCUGAAAACAAGAUACUCGGGUGCAAGAACCCUGGAGAAGAGCUAG